UGUCAAACGACUAGUUACUAAUGAAAUAGUAAAUCAUGAUUUCGUUAAUAUUCAUAAAAUUGCUUUUAAUAUUUGUGUCGAGUACAAUUUCACAGCAAACACUACAAUGGAAUUUGGACAUUACUACACGAAUUGUCGAGCCUUUAAUUCAAGAUUAUUCAGAACCAUGGACCAGUCAAAGAAUUCAAAAUCAAAUCUUCCAAUAUAAAACUCAUUUUGGUAUUAUAAUUAAACAAGGUACAACAUUUAAUUUAACGGUAGAAACACCUUCCGAAAUAGAAAAUUUAUAUUUUUACUUUCUUGCUGAUUUACCAUAUGAAAAAUUAAUCAUAUUAAAUCUUGCGGGAGAAAAAAAUAUAACAAAAACUUUAACAACAAAUUAUGAUGGCGUGCCUAUGAUAUCUGCUUCAAAAAAUGUUCCAUUACGGAUAAUAAUUGAAACCAAAAACUGGUUAUCAUUGCCAAUUUACAAUUCUAAUGAUGUAUCACUUUCAACAUUACAAGAAUAUCAGUCUGAAUUUUACAAAAAUGUAAAGAUUUGCGGAUUUGUUGAAAAUUAUUAUGCACAAAUGUUAUUGUCAGCAAAUGAUAUUGAUAAUCUAAAAUUGCAUAAUUACAAUUUAUGUCUUGGUUUAGAAAAACAGAGUCAUUUAAUACAGAAUUAUGAUUAUUCAACUAAAUUAAGGGCCAAUGAAGAUAAAAAUAAAGAAUCUUUUAUGAGAGUAAUGGAUCGAACAACAUUAUUUAUACGUUCAGAAAAAUGUAACCAUGCUAAUAAUACACAAGUAUCUUCGCCAUCAAUUUUACAAAGUGAUAAUAAAUCUUUUAAUUCUACAAACAAUCUAACAAUACAAAGAUGUCAGGAGACAAAUUUAAACCGUCAUUUUAUUUCUGGUAUUGAUUUUGGUAUAAAUCCUGAAAAUUUGCAAACUACAGGCGUGAAAGGAGAUUUGAAACCUGAUUCUUCUUUGAUAUUGAAGAAAAAAAUGAACGAAAUCUAUGUUAAUGUUACUUUUACCAUUGAAUCACCAAUUGAUCUAACAAAUUCUUGUCUAUAUUUGAAUGACAAAUGUCACACUAUUGUUGGAAAAGUCAUGAAUAUAAAAUUAUUACCAGAUGUUUAUUCUGUUCAUCUAAAAGAACAAAUUGGUGAUAAAACGUAUAUCAGUGAUAAGAAAAAUCAUAAAAUUUCACAAUUUAUGUCAAUUAAAGUCGAAGUAAGAGAAAUUCAAAAAGAAAUUUUACAAAAAAUAGAGAAUAAUUUAAAAUAUGAAUUUGAUGCUUUGGGUUAUGUUGAUGUAGUCUUUUUAAAAAUACUUAUAAAUUACAAAAACAUGACAAUUGAAUUAAAACAAUUACUUAAGACUAUUAAUGUAAACUUUAAAUUAUAUUUUAUAAUCAGUUUAGAACGAAAUGGUUCGACUGUUUUUGAAAAUGAACUUUUAGGUUCUCCUCAAAAUGAUGAAAAGCUUAUUAAUUUAGUGCAGAGAUUUCAGUACAAUGAUAUAAUUCAUAUUUAUCAUGCCGAACCAGGUCGCCUAACGUCAAAUUAUGAAGGUCUCAAUAAGAAAAUACAAAAUAAUAACUUUAUUUUGGCACAUAAAGGUUUACAAACCAUUAAUUAUAACUUGACAGGAUUAAAUAAUGAAAAAUAUUUAUUUUAUGCUUUAGGCAAUGAUGAUAGGCUGUUCUUAAAAGUUUCCAUAAAUUAUAAGACAAGGACAAUAGAAUUACAUCAAUUACUUAACGAUAUUCAUAGGCAUUUUGAAUUAUAUUUUUCUAUUAGUUUAGAACGAAAUGGUUCGUCAAUUUUAGAUUAUAAAUUCCUUGGUUCUCCCCAAAAUGGUGAAAAUCUCAUUAAAUUGAAAGAGAAAUUUCAGAUUAAUGAUACAAUUCAUAUUUAUCACGUCGAACCAGAUCGUUUAAAUUCUAAUUUGGAAGGAUUUAAAAAUAAAGCUCAAAAUAAUAAAUUUAUUUUGUCAAAUAAAGGUUUGCAGAUUGUUAAUUACACACAAAUAGAAUUAUGUAAUUUAAAAUAUGAAUUUGAUGCUUUAGGUAUAUUUGAUAAAGUGUUCUUAAAAAUUUACAUAAAUUACAGCACAAUGAGAAUAGAAUUAAAACAAUUGAUCAAAGCUAUUCAUUGGUACUUUAAAUUAUAUUUUAUAAUCAGCUUAGAACGAAAUGGUUUGACUGUUUUUGAAAAGGAAUUCUUUGGUUCUCCCGAAAAUGAUGAAAAGCUUAUUAAUUUGGUGCUAAGAUUUCAGUACAAUGAUAAAAUUCAUAUUUAUCAUGCAGAACCAGGUCGCCUAACGUCAAAAUUUGAAGGUCUUAAUAAGAAAAUACAACAUAAUAACUUUAUUUUGGCACAUAAAGGUUUACAAACCAUUAAUUAUAACGGAUUAGAGUUAAAUAAUGUAAAAUACUUAAUUUAUGCUUCAGGCAAUGCUGAUAGGAUGUUCUUAAAAGUUUACAUAAAUUACAAGACAAUGACAUUAGAAUUACACCAAUUACUUAAUGAUAUACAUCCGAAUUUUGAAUUAUAUUUUUCUAUUAGUUUAGAACGAAAUAGUUCUUCUAUUUUUGAUUAUAAAUUCCUUGGUUCACCCCAAAGUGGUCAAAAGCUUAUUAAAUUGAAAGAGAAAUUUCAGAUUAAUGAUACAAUUCAUAUUUAUCACGUCGAACCAGAUCGUUUAUAUUCUAGUUUGGAAGGAUUUGACAGUAAAGUUCAAAAUAAUAGUUUUAUUUUGUCAAGUAAUGGUUUGCAGAUUGUUAAUUACACACAAAUAGAAAUAUAUAAUUUAAAAUAUGAAUUUGAUGCCUUAAAUAUGUUUGAUAAGGUGUUUUUAAACAUUUACGUAAAUUACAGCUAUAUGAGAAUCGAAUUAAAACAAUUGCUCAACACUAUUCAUAGGUACUUUAAAUUAUAUUUAAUAAUUAGCUUAGAACGAAAUGGUUCGACUAUUUUUGAAAAGGAAUUCUUUGGUUUUCCUGAAAAUGACGAAAAGCUUAUUAACUUUGUGCAGAGUUUUCAGUACAAUGAUAUAAUUCAUAUUUAUCAUGCCGAACCAGCUCGCCUAACGUCAAAGUUUGAAGGUCUCAAUAAGACAAUUCAAAAUAAUUACUUUAUUUUGGCACAUAAAAGUUUACAAACCAUUAAUUAUAACGGCACAGGAUUAAAUAAUGUAAAAUACUUAUUCUAUGCUUUAGGCAAUGCUGAUAGGAUGUUCUUAAAAGUUUACAUAAAUUACAAGACAAUGACAUUAGAAUUACACCAAUUACUUAAUGAUAUACAUCCGAAUUUUGAAUUAUAUUUUUCUAUUAGCUUAGAACGAAAUAGUUCUUCCAUUUUUGAUUAUAAAUUCCUUGGUUCUCCCCAAAAUGAUAAAAAGCUUAUUAAAUUGAAAGAGAAAUUUCAGAUUAAUGAUACAAUUCAUAUUUAUCACGUCGAACCAGAUCGUUUGUAUUCUAAUUUGGAAGGAUUUGACAGUAAAGUUCAAAAUAACAGUUUUAUUUUAUCAAAUAAUGGUUUGCAGAUUGUUAAUUACACACAAAUAGAAAUAUAUAAUUUAAAAUAUGAGUUUGAUGCUUUAAAUAUAUUGGAUAAGGUGUUCUUAAACAUAUACAUAAAUUAUAGUGCUAUGAGAAUAGAAUUAAAACAAUUGCUCAACACUAUUAAUGGGUACUUUAAAUUGUAUUUUAUAAUCAGUUUAGAACGAAAUGGUUCGACUGUUUUUAAAUACGAAUUCUUAGGUUCUCCUCAAAAUGAUCAAAAGCUUAUUAAUUUUGUGCAGAGAUUUCAGUACAAUGAUAUAAUUCAUAUUUAUCAUGCCGAACCAGGUCGUCUAACGUCAAAGUUUGAAGGUCUCAAUAAGACAAUUCAAAAUAAUAACUUUAUUUUGGCACAUAAAGGUUUACAAACCAUUAAUUAUAACGGAACAGGGUUAAAUAAUGUAAAAUACUUAAUUUAUGCUUUAGGCAAUGCUGAUAGAGUGUUCUUAAAAGUUUACAUAAAUUACAAGACAAUGACAUUAGAAUUACACCAAUUGCUUAAUGAUAUACAUCCGAAUUUUGAAUUAUAUUUUUCUAUUAGUUUAGAACGAAAUAGUUCUUCUAUUUUUGAUUAUAAAUUCCUUGGUUCUCCACAAAAUGAUGAAAAUCUCAUUAAAUUAAAAGAAAAAUUUCAGAUUAAUGAUACAAUUCAUAUUUAUCACGUCGAACCAGAUCGUUUAUAUUCUAAUUUAGAAAGAUUUGACAGUAAUGUUCAAAAUAAUACUUUUAUUUUGUCAAAUAAUGGUUUGCAGAUUGUUAAUUACACACAAAUAGAAUUAUAUAAUUUAAAAUAUGAAUUUAAUUUUUUUGGUAGAUUUAAUCAUCUGUGCUUGCAAAUGUACAUAAAUUACAGCACUAUGAGAAUAGAAUUAAAACAAUUGCGUAAUAAUAUUCAUUGGCUCUUUAAAUUAUAUUUUAUAAUCAGCUUAGAACGAAAUGGUUCGACUGUUUUUGAAAAUGAAUUCUUUGGUUAUCGCAUAAAUGAUGCACUUAUUAAUUUGGCGCAAAGAUUUCAGUACAAUGAUAUAAUUUAUAUUUAUUAUGCCGAACUAGGCCAACUAAGGUCAAAUUUUGAUGGUAACAAUAAUAAAAUACAAAAUAAUAACUUUAUUUUGGCACAUAAAGGUUUACAAACCAUUAAUUAUAACAGAACAGGAUUAAAUAAUGUAAAAUACUUAUUUUAUGCUUUAGGCAAUGAUGAUAGGCUGUUCUUAAAAGUUUCCAUAAAUUACAAGACAAUGACAUUAGAAUUACACCAAUUACUUAAUGAUAUACAUCCGAAAUUUGAAUUUUAUUUUUCUAUUAGUUUAGAACGAAAUAGUUCUUCUAUUUUUGAUUUUAAAUUCUUUGGUUCUUCCAAAUAUGAUGAAAAGCUUAUUAAAUUGAAAGAGAAAUUUCAGAUUUUUGACAUAAUUCAUAUUUAUCACGUCGAACCAGAUCAUUUAAAUUCUAAUUUGGAAGGAUUUGUAAGUAGUGCUAAAAAUAAUACUUUUAUUUUGUUACAUGAUGGUUUGCGGACACUUAAAUAAGUUUCUUUGUAUCAAAAAACGUUUCUUUGAAUCAAGAUAAUUUGUGCAUUUUUGUAGGGUCAAAGAAAAAUUUCUUUGAUUUAAAGAAAUUAUUUCUUUACUAGUCCGUAGGGUAACUACAGGUGUUCCUGUGGGUGACCCAAGUUUUUAGAUAGUUAUUAUUAUUUACCAUUUAUGAAUAUAUGAAUUGUUAAAAAUGACUGCAAAAAUUAUUCUACAUCUUACUUGAUGAAAUAGGCAAGAAAAAUGUGCAUUUCGUUAAUUAUUAAUGUAAUUAUUUAAGUUUAAAGUAGACUAUGGCUGAAUUUAAUGAAAUUAUCGAAUGUGUCAGCCAUGAACACCUAUUAGAAAACGUUUAUAUUUCAACAAGCAAUACCCUCAUUUAUACAAUUAUUUUUGUGUAAAUAUUUGUAAGAAAUAUUGAGCGUUUAAAUAUUGAAUAUUAUGAAUUUUUAAAUUAUCUUUAAAAUAUAUUUUGGAAUCUUCAGAACAAAAAUCAAUAUUUGAAAACAGCAAUAAAACUUAUGAAUAUUCGCCUAGAAUAGGGCCCGAGUGCCAUACGGAUUAAGCCAAUUAAGAUUCUUCAAGGGACCGGAAAAAAUCCGAAUAAUGCGGUUCCGAUAUACGUGGGUUUUAUUGUAACAAAUAUAUGAGAGAUUCUUUUUCAAUCGCCCCAGCCCAAAAAG